AUGCCGUUUCACGUCAACGGAUACUUCGAGCUCUCGGCAAAUCGACGAGAUAUAUGGCACGGUUCCGACAUGGACAGGAUGGGAAAGCUUCGCUCAGAUUGGAACCAGUGCGUUUUGGAGGAUGUUGCGGCACUGUGUCUGCGACAGCUUCUUCUGGAAGCUCGGAAGCUUGGCCCGGGAGCCACGUACAGUUCUAUGUGGCCACUGGGAAAUUCGGGGGCUCCGUGGAUCAAACUCGUGCAGCACUUUUAUCGGAGCAUUGCCGCAGAGCCACUUCUUCAUUCCAGAGUUGCAGAAGGGAAAUGGUUGUCACCAAUGGGAGUUCUGUUCCACGACGAAGAGUAUGAGAAGGCCGAGGUACUGGCUGACGCACUUGUAGCGGAUGGUUUGCCUCUUGUCCGUUUGCCGAAGCCGCUAAGAGACGCAGUCUUCAAGUUUUGCGAUGCCGAGUUUAAAGUCGUCACACCAUUUUCUGUGAGGACUCACUUCUUGAAGAGCAAGCGACAGAAGGGCCCAGCAGAGAGGUCUCAUCUCUUUGCAAUUCUCGACUACUGCUUAUCGGAUCUCGUAGACGAAGAAGCAGCAGAACAUCUGAGAAGACUCCCUCUCGUUCCUUUACAAAGUCUGGGAACAGGACGGUUUGCCUUAAAAGGCGAGGAGUGCUCAUAUUUUUUAUGCACCGCCUUGGAGAUCAGGCUGUUCAAAGGUAUACCCGACAAGCUUGUCGACGAAAAUCUUCCUCCCGGGCUGGUUGCGAGGCUCAACAACAUUGCAAGAACAGGUCGGAGCAAUAUUUGUUUGAUUGACGAUACAACUUUGGCCGAGAUUCUGCAGUACGUACUACCUCCUGAAUGGAAGAAUGGUGGUGAGGUACGUUGGCAGCCUGGGCUUAGAAAGCAGCCUUCGAAAGAGUGGCUUGGUUUUUUCUGGGAGCAUCUCGCUGCUCAACAACGAGAUUUAUCGAAGUUGCAGCAGUGGCCAAUACUACCAACGACCACAGGGACGUUACGAAGGCCUGUCCGUUUCUCGGGGAUUCUCAAAGGCGGCAAGAUAAGCAGCAGUUUGGAAGGUGUUUUCAUCAAAGCUGGCUGCUUGUUCUUGGACACGCAGGUGACGCUCGACCAUCCUCAGCUGUCGAGAUAUGUUCUUGAUCCCACUGUCGCGGAAGUUUUGGAUGCCAUUGGAUUCAGCGCCGCUAACAAUCUCUCAAAACUUGCAGAGAGUUUUACUGCUCUCUCUGGUUUGGAAAGGAGAGAACUCAGGGCUUUUCUAUACGACGUGUGCUGGGGUAGCAGGAAUGAGAUGAACGAGUCUCGUCUACAGAUAUUCAAGACGCUACCGAUAUUCGAGGCCUACCGUGAUUUGGGAACAAGGGAUCUGGUUUUCGUUUCCUUAGAAGGUGGUAAGAAAUUCUUGCCACCUAGUGGAGUGGACGAGACACUCUUGGGACCGGACUGUUUGCAUUCAAGUGGCUCACGGGAGCACGAAGUUUUGACGCAGCUGCUAGAUGUCAUGCAACUCAAGAAGGCAGAUUUUUUCAAAUGGAGGAUACUGAGCGACAUAAGUAAUCUUCCUACAGAGCUGCGGGACCUGUCAAUGCUUCAAAUUCUUCGUGAACUUCCGGAGCUAAGUGUCGAAGAUCGUUCUCUCGUCGGUAUUCUCAAGAAGCUCUCGUUCGUGCCUACCGGAGCCGGCAAGCUUCGAGCGCCAGAUGCUCUUUACGACCCAGAGAUUCCGGAGCUUGUGAGCAUUUUGGACAGCCAGCAGUUUUUUCCAUCCCCCGACUACUCUAGUCCCGACGUCCUUCAGAGUUUGCGCCAUCUGGGACUGAGAAGUAGCGUCACUCCAGACACUAUACUGGCCAGUGCCCGAGCUAUCGAGGGGCUCUCGGCAAGUGUUCCUGACCAGGCAACUUUACGAGGGCGUGUUCUACUGUCGUACCUCGACAAGAACGCAAGCAAGUGGCUGCAAGAAGCAGGAACCAACUGGAUACUUUCAAUUCUCCAAGGCGAAAAGGACUCUACACUGUCGAAGUUUUGGAGUGAACUGGCCAACAUAUGCUGGUGCCCGGUGCUACUGGAGCCACCUCACGAUCAGAUGCCUUGGCCAGUGGUGUCACAGUCUUUAGCACCACCAAGGCUAGUGAGGCUGCCUUCCGAUAUUUGGCUUGUCUCGGCGACCAUGCGAAUUCUAGACGGACAGUGCGACUCUCCAGGAUUAUGUCAACGUCUUGGAUGGAAUUCCAAGCUAAGUGGCAAUAUACUGGCUGCUCAGCUACUGGAGCUUGGAAAAGGUGACAACUUCAAGCUGAGGAAAAUUCUAGCUACAACUGUUCCGAAGAUCUACUCUAUGCUGAGCGAUAUGUUGGGAAGUGAUGAGAUGGAAAUUGUCAAGGCCAUUCUCGAAGACCGUUCCUGGAUAUGGGUUGGAAGCAGGUUCGCAAUGGCCAGGGAAGUUGUUUUCGAUGGAGCUUUGCACUUGACUCCUUAUCUUCACGUCGUUCCAGCUGAUCUCGCUGCUUUCAAGGAGCUUUUUUUGGAACUUGGGGUGAAGGAAUCGCUAGACCCGGCAGGCUACAGUACGAUCCUUGCUGUUAUUGCAAGUGAGAAGUGUGGAGAUCCCUUGGACUCUCGGCAACUAGCUGCGGCUAUCUGGAUCGUACAACAUCUAGCAGACACGAACUUUGGCGAGCAGGGGAAGGAAAUUGUUAUUCCAGACUGCGAUGGCAUCCUCUUGCCGUCGUCUCAGCUUGUCUACAACGAUGCCCCCUGGCUCGUGGCCUCCAAGGACAUUCCAAACAAGAAGCUAGUGCAUUCGAAGAUUUCCAACGACGUCGCUGAGAAAGUUGGUAUCGCUUCCGUUCGAGAGUCGCUGCUUGCCAAAAGUGCCGACUUCGUGGACCUGGGACUGCAUGGUGGUAUGGAAGCCUUUGGACAGAGUGAGUCGCUGACAAGCCGGCUAAAACACAUCGUAGAGAUGUAUGCGGACGGACCUGGGACGCUGUUUGAGCUGUUGCAAAACGCAGAUGAUGCCGGUGCCACGGAAGUGAGCUUUCUCCUCGACAAGUCUUCCUUCGGCACAAACUCCGUCCUCUCCCGGCAAAUGGCUGACUGGCAGGGGCCAGCUCUCUACUGUUACAACGAUUCCGUUUUUAAGCCGGAGGACUUCUAUGCAAUAUCACGCAUCGGCCAGAACAGCAAGCUCGACAAGCCGUCCGCCAUUGGGAGAUUUGGCCUUGGCUUUAACUCUGUCUACCAUUUCACCGACGUGCCAAGCUUUGUCUCAGGUUCAACGAUUGUGCUGCUUGAUCCACACGCUGGUAACCUUCCAGGCAUCUCUCCUGCUCAACCGGGUUUGAAGAUUAACUUCGUUGGCAAGGAACUGCUCAAACAGUUCCCUGAUCAGUUUGAGUCUUUCCUCCUCUUUGGAUGCGACCUCCAGAAGCCUUUUCUAGGCACUCUAUUCCGUUUUCCGCUGAGGACAACAGUGACUGCUGCUCGGAGCGAAAUAAAGCAGGAUCCGUAUCAACCUGAGGACGUCGUCACACUUUUCUCGGCUCUCAAGAAGUCUGCUGGCGAAGUUUUGCUGUUCCUCCGGCAUGUAACGUCGAUAAAGCUGUACGUACGUGACGGUUUACAUGCCGAGGCUCAGGAGAUAUUCAAGGUUCACAGGGAAAAUGCUGAUUACCAGGAAACCAGCCUCUACGAGUUUGUCACUGGUAACACCCGGCAGAAAUACGACAAGGAACAGUUUGUGAAGCGACUGGAAAAAACUGCAGACAAGCAGCUGCCUUGGUGUUGCGGGAAGAUCAGGAUAGAGGUAGCAGCUCCGGAUGACAACUCUUCCUCGUCCUGGCUUAUAUGUAGCUCCGUUGGUGGAGGGAACGCAAAGGAGUUUGCCAUAUCGCCAGCUAACCGAAGCAGAGGAUUCGUUCCAUGGGCUGGGAUUGCUGCCAGGAUGUCCGAAGAUGGCAGCAAUGAAGUCAAAGAAGAUGAAAGAGGUCCAGUGUCCGUGGAGGGCCGAGCAUUUUGUUUCCUGCCUCUCCCGGUUGUCGUCGGGCUUCCAAUACACGUAAAUGGCUACUUCGAACUAUCUGCAAAUCGGAGAGAUAUAUGGUAUGGUGGUGACAUGGUUGGAGGAGGAAAGCUCAGGUCGCAGUGGAACAGUUUUCUUCUUCAGGAUGCAGCAGCUCCUGCGUAUGCUCGGCUUCUUCAUCGUGCUUCUCGCGAGCUGGGACCUUCUGCGAGUUAUAGUUCACUGUGGCCAACUCAGAGCGUUGGAGAGCCAUGGAAGCAGCUAGUUACGCAGGUUUAUAAAGCUGUGAUCGACUUGGAGGUGCCUGUUUUGUUCACAACGUUAAGAGGUGGCAAAUGGAUCUCUGCGAAACAGGCCGUGUUCCCAGACUUUUCAUUCCCGGAGAUGACCGAGCUUGGCAAUGCUCUUGUGGAAAUUGGCCUUCCAUUGAUAUCAGUCCCUGAAGCCGUGACUACGAGGUUCCGAGAAGUGUGCCCGUCCUUGAAGUUUUUCUCGCCUCGUCUUCUACAAAGGCUGCUGAUCGCCAGCAGACGAACUUUAGAGAGGCGGAUCAGCAUUCUGGCUCUGAAGUACUCCCUCUCUGAUGUCCAGAGCUCAGCGGAUGAAAGCAAGCUAUAUGGCUUGGCCUUGGUUCUUCUAUCAGAUGGUUCGUUUGGAACGCUCAACUCAAGAUCUACUGGGGAGAAGAUUAUAUUAGCAGGUGGAGACGAUCACAGGCUACUUAAAGAUGCUCUCCCACACAUGCUCGUGGAUCCUGAAGUGGGAGAGGACAUAUCCCUCAAGAUGACAGACAUGGCUGCGAAUGCCGUAUCAAAUGUUUACGUGAUGACUCCUCUCAUUCUCCAAGAGCUUCUUCCUCUGGUGCUACCACUGGAGUGGAGUGGACAGGAUAUCGUUACGUGGACUCCCGGUACUCGUGGUCAUCCAAGUACCGAUUGGAUGCUUCUCUUCUGGCACUACAUCGCUCGUCAUCGUGAGAGCUUAUCGAACUUUGAGAGCUGGCCUCUCUUACCGACAACAGAUGAUAAGCUUGUGAGGUUGUACAAGGGUGGCUCGAUCAUCGUCAAUGAUGGAUGGAGCGAAAACAUGACCAGUCUGCUCCAGAAAAGUGGCUGUUUCCUACUGAAAGGUGACCUUCCAGUGCAGCUGCGAGACCACGUACAGGCUGCAAGUGCACACGGCAUCCUCCUUGCCUUUUUCGCGGCAGCCGGAGGAAACUUAAAGAUGGUGCCAACUUUGCUCAGGGACUGCUCGGCAUUUGAAGUGAGGGAGCUCAGGCAUUUUUUGUUUCAAGAGAAAUGGUUUGCUCUGGGACAGAUGGACGCUGUGCAGCUCCAAGUGCUCAAGAUGUUGCGCCUGUUUGAAAGCGGAGGGGACUUCAUUUGUAUAGCCGAGUCCGAGCAGCUGAUUGCGCCCGACGGGAUCGAUGGACAGCUGCUUGCAGAUAUGUUUAUUCAAGCUGAGACUGGGAAAGAGGAGCACAUUUUGCAAACGUACCUCGGCUUGAAGAAGGUGGACAAGAAAGACUACUUUGCAAGCUACUUCGUCGACUGUAUCAAGCAAGUCUCGGAAGGUGACAGGAUGAAAGCCUUCCUAAAAGUCUCGAAGGAGUUGGCUCUGUUCAUCGGAGAAAUGGAGGAGGCUGCUCUUGCAUCGUUAUCUCAACUUGCUUUCGUGCCAACAGGAUCGAAUGCUAUCGAGGCACCUGAGAGGCUUUACGAUCCCAGGAUUUCGGAGCUGCUGACGCUCCUUGACAGAAAAGCAUUUUUUCCGGCCCAUGAGUUUCAAGCGGCUGAUCUACUAGACGUACUGGUUGUCCUGGGCCUCAGAAAGUCACUUAAACAGGAAGGUCUCUUGGACAGUGCUCGAUCGGUCGGAAUGAUCAGUGCCACGGACGAUUCCGAAGCAAGUCGGAGGGGAAAGGCGUUACUUGCUCAUAUGGAUGGCCUUGCAGUCAGUGACGAGUCCGUGCCAGUGGUUGGGACGAGCUUAUCUGACAUAGACUCUCACUUCUGGGUGGAACUUUCAAGCAUCAGCUGGUGUCCUGUCCGUGGAACGUCUCCGAAUCAACUUCUUCCUUGGCUACCUGGACAAUUGCCACUCGUCGCAUCUCCAAAGCUUGUGCGGCCAGCGUCAGAUAUUUGGCUUGUUUCGGGAGCAAUGCGGAUUCUUGAUGGCGAUUGUAGCUCGUUUCUUCGGGAGAAGCUUGGGUGGACUCAGACACUCAAGGCCAACGUGCUAGCUCAUCAGCUUAUAGAACUCUCCAAACGCUAUAGCAGGGAUGUUUUGGACGAAGAAACGACCUUGACAUUAUCAAGCAGUGUGAAAGACAUUUACAAACUUCUCCAGGGAUUUUCCAAGUCCGACGAAAUGCUGAUCAUUCAGUCGAUGGUGGAAGGACACGCCUGGUUGUGGAUUGGUGACGGUUUCAUCCGUGCCAAAGAGGCAGCGUUUGAUUCACCGGCACACUUCUAUCCUUACCUUCACGUCCUGCCGGUCGACUUUCUCGAGUUUAAGGAGCUCUUUACAAAGCUGGGCGUACGCGAAACAUUUUCUGCCGGUGACUACGUCAGUAUCCUUGAACGUGUAGCUGCCGACGUCAAAGGUGACGCUCUCAGCCCGGAGCAGCUUACGUUCGUUUUAAGUGUUCUGGGGACUCUGUCGGAAGUUCUUGAAACAGCUGACCGCUCCAUCUACGAGUCGAUACUGAUCCCGGAUGCUGCUUCACAGCUCGUUCCUGCGAAGGCUCUAGUGUACAACGAUGCGCCGUGGCUCAGUGAAGAUGGCUCACAAGCCGGUGGCCUUAGGCUGGUGCAUCCAGACGUUGACAACAAUCUGGCGAGGCAACUUGGAGCAAGGUCGCUCCGUUACUUGUCAGUGGUGGAUCAAGAGAUGACGAGCAGCUUGCCAUGCCUUGGGAUUGGCAAGAUAAACGAGCUGCUUGCGAAGUUUGGCGCUGGUGGCGAUGAAGAGAUGCUGCUUUUCGAUCUUCUUGAAGUGGCAGAUUGUUGUCAAGCUCGAAAGGUGCACUUCGUAUAUGACCAGACAGACCAUCCUAAACAGUCGCUUCUACAGCCAAACAUGAGCGAUUUUCAAGGACCAGCAUUGCUUGUUGCUUUUGAAGGCGUUAACUUGACAACGGAGGAAAUAUGCUCACUUCAUACAAGUCCACCUGUUAAGUUCCAUGGACGAGCAUGCAGAUAUGGAACUGGCUUGUUUGGUUCUUACCAAAUAACUGAUCUGCUGAUGGUGAUAUCCAUGGGCUGUCUAUAUCUUUUCGAUCCAUCUGGUCAAGUACUGGCGCCAGCUCUCGCAGAUGGGAGGAAAGAUCCAACAGGAAAUCCCAUUGGAAAGGCAUUUUCUUUGCAAGGUACUGGUCUCUCCGAAAGGUUCAGCGACCAAUUUCAUCCUUUCAACUUAAAUGAGGAACUCUCGUUGGAUUCUACUAGUGUUACAUUCUUUCGCUUGCCUUUGCAUCCUGGAAAGGCCAACAUAGCUGAGAAGGUGGUGAUAUCGGAACAAACCAUUAUUGAGCCUUUUCAUGAAGUUUUCUCAGUGUCCGUAGGCUCUGCAUUUGCAGCACUUCGUCAUCCUUUUCAGGAAAAGAAUUGGCGGAAGUUUCAACUCUCAAAUUUCUUUGGCAGCUCGAACACCGUGACAAAAACUCAUACGAUUGAUGUUUUUCUGAAGGAAGAUGGCAACACAAGAAUGACAAAAUGGCUAGUUGUCCAAAGUUUAUCUUCUGGACAAACUCGAGACAUGGCCUUGGACAGGAGAUACUUACAUUAUCAGCUUACUCCUAUCGCUGGUGUUGCAGCAUGUAUUUCCGUCGACGGCCGAAUGAUAGAAGAAGCAGUAUGCUCCCAUAACUCUAUACUGUGUCCUCUUCCAGUGACUCUCAACUUCAACAUACCGGUUACAAUUUUUGGCAACUUUUUACCGUUCACGGCUGGCGGUCGGUACUGCUUUGACGAAUCGCUUGGGGAGUAUCCCGUCAAAGUUGGAAUGCUAGGAUCACACUCUGGGCCCGGAUUCUCGGACGAUAUCCUCCGAGCUACAUGGAACCGACAGUUACUUUCCUGCGUUUCUCACUCCUACAUCGAGUUGCUGCAAGAACUUCAACACCUGCAACUUAUUGGACAGGCGGGUAGCUCCGAAGGAAGCAGCAGCUGGAGUUUCUAUUCACUUUGGCCACGAUCUGCAGCUGCUACUAGUUCCAAUGAUUCUCGGUGCUUGGCAAAAUGGCUGAUCAAGCCUAUGUACGCAAGGCUGGUGGAUAUGCCUCUAUGGGAGCUACAUGGGGGAAGCGGCAUGGUAAAAUACAGUGAUGGUGUUUUCGUUGCUCCGUCUGGGCAGGGAGUCGCACCAAAGGCAUCGGUUUCCGACUUUCUGAAAUCUCACCACCGGAUAUUUACAGUUCCUUGGGAGCUUGGAAAGGAAGUGGAAGGAGCUGUUGGCGUGCCAAUGAAGGAGCUCAAACCGCAAGCUUUGAGAGCUCUAAUGAAAGUGCCGUCGGUAGCAGCUGCCGUUCAGUCUCUUACCACUCAGAUCGAUCUUCUCGAGUAUUGCUGCAUGGAUGCAGUCCAGCAAAGUUUUGACGUGACAACAGAGGGUGGAGUUCCUGACGACUUGGAACUCAGUAACACGGUCUUGGCCGAGCUGAAAGGUGUAACAUGUCCCACGGCGAAUGAGUUUAUGGUUAAGCUAGGGACGCUGGAAGUCUGGGUGGCAAGUCGAGAGGAGCAACUUCUCCUUCCUGCGUGCAUGAAGAGGUUUCUACACCCUUUGUGCUUGGAGCGGCCUCUUCUGGCGGCAUUAUUCUACAACAAGGCUUUCCAGCGUCGCAUGAACUUGAGACCGUUCUCGCCACAAGUUAUAGCCGCGAACAUAUGGACAGUUCUUCCAAGAAGCUGGGCCUCGGCUUCAACUCCUUCAGUGGACUGGAACCAACAGGAACCUUCAGCAGAAUGGAUACGAAAUUUAUGGACCAACGUCGAUCCUACUUCUGUCGAGGACUUAUCACUUCUCUCCGCAAUGCCGCUUAUUCCUGCAACGAUUGACUCGAGAAACGCUCUAGUGCGUGUUGGACAAAGCAAGCUUACAUUUGUUCCUCCUCUCACGUUAUCAACCGACGAGGAAACGAAUGGUGAUUUCUCGAAGGCAUGCGCCAGAGCUUUGGCCGAGGUUGACGAGGGAUAUCCCUGGCUGGUCUCCGUUCUAGGCAAGCUCGGCGUUCCAGUAUACCACAGUGACUUUACGGACUGCCGUGCUUUACAAUGUUGCCUUUCUGAGCCGGGGAACCCACUGGUAGAUAUAGUCGUCUCUAAGUUCCUUGCGCUCGAGCAAGCUGGUUUUUGGCUUGCAAGAGAGGCAUCUCUAUCCCCAGACGAAUGCAAGGAGCUCUACGCUUUGGUGGCAACAGUGGCUUUAUAUCACGAUCCAGAUGAAAAUUCACUGUCGAGCCAGGAACUCUCGUUGCUACAGUCGCUUCCAAUCUAUGAAACCAUCCGAGGCAGCUACGUAAAAAUCGAUCCAGCAGUUUACUAUACGGUUUCUUCCGAGACUUUCAUACAACCUGACGAUGAGCACCGCUUGUCCGGGCGAGGAGACGCGUUUUAUCAACUGUUGGGAGUUCCAAACCUUGGAAAUACUGGAAUACUUGUUCGGUAUGCCUUGCCAAACUUCAACCAGCUAAGUAGCAGCGAGCAGGAAGCAGUGAUGGCUUACGUCUAUCGAGACUGGGAUAACAUUAAGGACUCUGCCGUGGUCAACGCCUUGAGAUCUACAAAGUUCGUCACCUCGGCAUCGACCGUUCCUACCAACUUAAGUUCUCCACAAGAGCUCGUUGAUCCAGAAAACGUUCUACUCAAACAAAUCUUCGCGGAGGAACGCUCAAGGUUUCCGGGUGGCAAGUUUGGAACUUCGCGAUGGCUACAUAUAUUACGUCGCUGCGGUCUGUGCUCACUCAAGGAUCCAGCAUUGAUCUUGGAGUGUGCUAAAAAGAUCGAAGAACUUGGGAAACGGGAUUUACACUCGGAUCGAUUAGCUAUACUGAAAAUUGAGACCAACGGAUCCAGUCGGAAUGUCUCGGAUGCAGUUUGGUCGAUGGCAGGCAUGCUGGUGGAAGAGAUUAUGAACAACUUUGCCGCGGUCUACAACAGCAACUUCUGUGAUAAACUUAGUAAGAUUGCGUUCGUUCCAGCAGAGAAUGGGAUUCCAAGCGUAGCUGGAGGAAGUCCGAACCGGGUACUUGCGUCCUAUAACGAAGCUAUCUUGGUGAAAGAUUGGCCGCUCGGAUGGACUUGCUGUCCUGUGCUCUUUCGACCGAACUCAGUGCCUCCACAGUUCGCUUGGGGAGCUCUUCACUUAAGAAGUCCACCACUAAUCUCAGUGGUCAUUCGACAUCUUCAGGCUGUUGGACAAAAUGGUGGCGAGGACGUUCUUGCGAGAUGGCCAAAUGGCAAAGGCUCAAGAUCUGUUGAGGAGGUUUUUGGCGAGGUGCUCUCCUACUUGAGCACUGCCUGGGAUGGGCUCUCGGAUUCAGUCGCGAAUGGUACCCGUCUUGUAACAGCGAGCUCUCUGUACACAAGACUGGGCAUGGAUCUUGCUCCCUACAUUUUCGAGGCUCCAAGAGCUUAUCUUUCAUACGUGGACAUCCUUUCGGCUCUUGGGAUGCAUUACGACCCAACGGUUCCAGCAAUGGUAGCUCUCCUUGUCCAACUCCAGCAAACAAGCGGUUUUCACCACCUCAACCCCAACGAGCUUCAAGCCGUGCUUUCGAUCUUGCGUUUCAUCUGGGAGACCUCAAAGAAAAGCGACUUACGCACUGUAGACGUUGUUGUUCCCGACGAGACCGCAAGGCUGGUCCAUGCCAGCGCUUGUGCUUAUGUUGACGCUGCUGGAGCCCGUUUGGUCGAAAAUAUAGACACGACCAAGCUGAGGUUCGUGCAUCCGAGCCUUCCGGUGGCGCUCUGUGACGUGCUGCAUGUGAAGAAGCUCUCAGAGGCUGUUCUUGAGGAAAUUGAUGACUCGGAGCCUCUGGAGUAUGUGGAUUCUCUUGGUGAGUAUUCACUGUCGGCCGUGAAGGCUCAGCUUGGGAGCAAAGCUUUUGCGUGCUCGGUCCAGUCCUUACUCCGUGGACCGCACCAAAUCACCGAGCAACAUAUCUUGGAUACUCUCCAAGCAGCCUGCGAGAAACUUAAGUUCGUCAGACGACUUCGCACAAGGUUUUUGCUGGUACCGAGUCUGAAAGAUAUUACUCGAGCGGGCCAGCAUCAAGCUUUUCUCUUCAUCAGCCGAUCACAGACCACCCUCCUCGUAGCCGAACCGCCAACUUUUAUUGCUCUUCCGGAUCUACUCGCAGUUCUUGUCAGCCGGCUUCUGGAGUGCUCGGUUAGCCUUCCUCUCGGACCGUUUUUCAAGGCUGGCGUGGGUGACAAACUAGACCAGGUUGCCAGAAUCAUUGCCACGGGCAGUGAAGCCGAUCGUCAGGGAAGAGAUGGGGGAGUGGAGGCAUUGCUUGGAUCAUCAGUAGCUCCAGUUGAUGCCAGGGCCCUCCAGUUUUGUCCACUGAGACCGUUUUACCGUGGAGAGGUUGUAGGAUGGCACAGAGAUGGACAACAGUCGCAGCUCAAGUAUGGUCGUGUUGUGGAGGAUAUUAGAGCCCCCGCAGGACAGCCGUUGUUUCGGAUCCACGUCGAGACCAGUCCGGGACAAGUGGAGAUUCUCUCGUCAUCCAACAUUUUAUCUUUCAAGAGCACGGGUGGAGGCUCAUCCGCUUCAAGUGAACAGGCAGCCGUUGUUCUUGGUGCUGCGGGCGAAAGUAGUGAGGAAACAACGAUGGGAAAGGGCCCAGAAAACUUAUCAACCUCCCGGCAUGAGAAAAAUGAAGCAGCCAUUCUUGGGGUUGCAGGCUACGCACAGGCGAUUACAGACAUUCUAACUUCGCUAGGACUUCCUCUCACCCUCGAGAGACAAUCGCUGCUCGAACACACGCUCUCUCUCCAGGAGCAGCUCAAUUCCUCUAACGCAUCUCUCCUCUCGGAGCAAGUAAGUUUUCAUUUUCUUUCCUUCUUGUUGGUCGUGCUCACAAACGGCUUUGCUACUCAGGAACGAGCAGAUGCCGCAGUGCAAGAGGCCGAGACGCUCAAGUCGUCGUGGACAUGUAGGAUAUGCCUGAACUCCGAAGUGAAUUCCCUCCUCGUCCCCUGCGGCCAUGUCCUGUGCCAUAGCUGCUGCUCCUCGCUCUCAAGCUCGUCGCGAUUGGAGACUCCAGCUUGGCCCGAGAAUAGUGCACACGAAAGCUCAAAGUCACAUCCCAGCAUCAUCUUCAUGGAUUCGUUGGAUCUGGCGAUUGAUCGUGAUCCUGGCCGAGAGAAAGGCACCUCCAUCCGUGCUUGA